AUGAUCAUUCCCAAGGCCGACAGGCGCACGAUCUACGAGAACCUCUUCAAGGACGGCGUUCUCGUCGCGAAGAAGGACUACAACGCGCCCAAGCACCAGGAGCUCGAUGUCAAGAACCUCUUCGUCAUCAAGGCCUGCCAGUCGCUCACCUCGCGCGGGUACUUGACCACCCACUUCUCGUGGCAGUACUACUACUACACCCUCACCCCCGAGGGUAUCGACUACCUCCGCGAGUACCUCCACCUCCCCGCCGAGAUCGUCCCCGCGACCUACAAGAAGCAGGUUCGCGCCCCGCGUCCCGGCCAGGCCCAGCGCCCCGAGGGUGCGUACCGCGCGCCCCGUGGCGGUGACCAGGAGGGAUACAGGCGCCGCGAGGGUGCCAAGGAGGAGGGUGCGGGUGACUUCAAGCCCAGGUUCGCUGGUGUCGGCCGUGGCGGUCCCCGCCAGGAGGCCUAA